GCUGCAGCAGUUCCUGGUGUAGAAGUCGGAGGGAUAGUUAGCGCGGCCGGAGUUGUGGGUUCGUCUUCGUUUUUGUCUUUUGAUGAUCUUCCCAUGGGCCGCGGGUCGACACCAGCGGCUAAGAAGCAGGACAAGGAAAUACAGCAACUAGUAUCACAGGGCUUAUCCUUAUUUUUUCCACCGGG